UGCGGAAGGUUUCAAAGACCCUUCCCUGUUCGCUGUUGAGAAUUGUGUCCAGAGCGGAGGCGCCAGACACCUGCCAGGAUGUGUAAAGGGCUUGCAGCGCUGCCCCACUCCUGCCUGGAGAGGGCCAAGGAGAUCAAGCUCAAGUUGGGCACCCUCCUGCAGAAGCCCGACUCUGCCGUCGACCUUGUCAUUCCCUACGAUGAGAAGGUGCAGAAGCCAGCCAAGACCCAGAAGCCCUCGCGGGAGGAGGCUCUGCAGUGGCGCGACUCGCUGGACGGGCUCCUGAAGGAUGGCCAUGCACUUGCCAGCUUCAGAAGCUUCCUGCAGUCUGAGUUCAGUGAGGAGAACCUCGAAUUCUGGCUUGCCUGUGAGGACUACAAGAAGAUCCAGUCCCCUGCCAAGAUGGCAGAGAGGGCAAAGCAAAUUUAUGAGGAAUUCAUCCAAACGGAGGCUCCGAAGGAGGUGAACAUCGACCACUUCACCAAGGACCUCACGGUGAAGAACCUGGUGGAGCCCUCCCUGAACAGCUUCGACACGGCCCAGAAGAAGGUCCACGCUCUGAUGGAGAAGGAUUCGCUGCCUCGCUUCCUGCGCUCCGAGUUCUAUCAGGAGCUUGUCAAGUAGUGGCCUGGUCUGGAGCCAGGCCCCCCACAGCCGGUCCUUCGCACACCCUCCAAGGCUUCCCUGCUCACCCCAGGCCUGCUGCUUUGGGGUCGCUCUGCCUCCACCCCGUUCUUAAUUAACUCUGCCUGGUUUCUGUCAGCCCCAGUCAGAAUCAGAGGGUCCUGCCUCAGACACACCCUUCGAGACAAGCGUGGCCUAGAUAGCAGACGGCCGCCCACACCAGCUGAGAAGUCAGGGGGGGAGGCCGGUUUAGGGACCUUAGGCAGUCACCCCUGACCAUUUCUGAAUUGGUCAACAGAGGUGGUAAGAGUCCUACCACCGUUAGAUUUCUAAAGCACUGCGCUGUUUAAAAUUCUGCCCUUUCCCUACAAGUGCCUUCACAUGAGCUGGAGAGCCUUGAGAUACGAGCACAGCUCCAAGUUUAUAUAAAACCAGUCCGAAGGCCAUUCAGGCUGAUUCUGCCCUCAUCCCUCCCUCACUUCCUCCCUGUAAAUUACAAAUCAUAUUUUAAAUCGAUGACCUCGUAUCAACAAUGGGCUAUUUUAUAAAUGUAUUUAUGCCCCUGGGAUGUAGAACAAAAUUUAAAAUUUUCGAAUUAUUUGAAAUCCUUGUGAGGGUACAAUUAAUUCCAAAAAUUCUUUGAUCUUACAAAACUAUUGCCAUCCCCUGGAGUGACCGCCCGCCCGGGUGUGAGGAGGACGUGCGUCUUCGAGGGCAGCCAUGUCCCGCAGUGGGCGGUUGCCCUGUGGUGUGUCUCCCUGUCAGUGAAGGCUGAUUGGCUGCAAGGCGUGCUCGUCCUUGAGGACAGGAGAGGCAGUUCCCAGGGGCCCUGCAUUUUGCAACAACUGGCCCUUCACGAUCGCACCUGGUCCUGAACUCUGCCUGAGUUGUGGCUCCUCAGAGGCUGAGGCUCACACCUCUCACCUGCCUCCUGCACAGCUAAGGCACAGGUCAAGCUGUAUCAUGGCUAGAACUUCUGGUUCUACACUGUGUUAUCACAAAUGUUGCUAGACUCUUCCUGACUUUAGUAGGUUUGAUUAGCAAUGAUUCACAUAAUUUGGUAAUAAGUAGAAUCAAACUGAUCUACUGUGUGUGAGAUCAAGGGAGGACAUUGAGUUAGUUCACAGAAGGAAGGUGCUGGAGGGGCAUCCAGGAGAGGGUGGCCCUGUCCAGUCCUGCAUUCGCUCCUGCCCACGCUCCUUUCCCAGGGUGCUGCUCCUCUGCUUGUUACCCAGGAAUGCCUGAGGGGCACAAUUGUGCUACUGUUCUUGGGGUCAACCCUGGUCGGUCCUGCUGGCCUCUGUCUUUUGUGAUUUCAAGGGAUAAAGUGUUUGAAUUCUUGCCUGGAAGUGGGUUGGAGCAACUGAAUUGGCGCCCACAUCUGCAGGGGCACGGACUCCAAGCUGCAGUGAGAGUCCUCGUGUCAGCCGAGGGCAGGCAGGGACCCAGGCUGUGAGUCCGUGUGGAUUGAGAGGAGCUCAGACAGGAAUUCCAGAGCCCGUUGGCACCCUCUUCCCCAGCACCUACUCUGCUCUGAGUCAGGGAAAUGCCAGCCCCUGCCUUUCUCAUGCAGCUGGAAAUGUUAGCGACCAAAGAAUCUGGGUGACUCGUUUUUUAAGAAAAAAAUAAUUAAAAAUUCAAAUGUCUUAUCUGCAUUAUUUUAAAGAUCCCAGUGUUUGAAAACGCCCGGAGGUUGAAGGGGAUGUUACCGACUCCACCGAGAGGGCUGCUGUGGAGCAGGUGGCAUUUGGUACCUCUCAAGCCCGUGCAGCCUGUGGAUGCAGCCGUCCUCAGGGCUGAGGAGGCAAAGGGCAGGAAGGGCCCAGGCGGGGCUGCACCCAGGAUGCAGGCAGGGAUUUUUAUCUAAUGUAUAAAUAUUCCAGCCCCAAAUGAGAAACUGGACAUAUUAAAACUGCCCUAGAAAAAGUUCUGAAAGCUUUGGAAAGUUUUUUUGAAACUUGGAAAAGAGGAAACAAAACAAAACAAUGCCCCAUGUUAGUAGCUGGCUACGAGGUAACAGGAAGAAAACACAUUCCUGUAGGUUUGGGAAGUUACAAAGGUGGGCGAGCUCUCCAGGCACGCAGGGUGCUCCCCUUUCCCUCUGCGCGCCCCCUGCCCUGAGUGAAUUGUGGGAGCCUCGGAGGCUGGGGGUUCCCUGCCCCUGGAGUCGCAGCCCCUGCAGGAGGACUUGGGAAGUAGGGAGGAGGAGCCAGGCUGUGGGCCCUGGAGAUGGAGGUACCUGUUUUGAGAUACCUGCAGUGGCCAAGGUGUUGGCCCACUUUUCUGCCUGGGUUGGUAUAGCACAGGGCUGGGCAGGCUGGGUUUAGUCAGAGCAGGACAAAGAGACCCGUGGAUUCUAGAGCAGAUCAAGAGCUGUGCAUGACUGGGUGGGCUGCAGCAGGCCUUGCCCUGACCCCCACCCCACAGCUCUGGAACGUCGCGCUGGCCAGGCUGCAGGAACCUCUCUAAAGCAGGAGUCACCAGGUGGCAUCCUGCCCCACUCUCCACACCCGUGCACCACUCCACCUCUGAUUUAGAUUCAGGAGAUUUCAGAUUUUACUAGAGGGAGAAGAACUUUUGAGGAAGUUUGUUUUCUUUUCAUCCUCCCCAAAGUCAUGGGUUUUACUUGGUGAUAUGUUCUCAGCACACAGUUCAUUUCAGCAGGUGACAUUGAUUAUUGAGGACAGAAGGGGCCCAGUGACAUGCUGCUGAGAAGUGAUGAGCACCAGGCCCCACCAAGCCACUUGUCCCACCUCGUGGUGAUUCGGUGAUUCUGUGACCUGAGGUCAGCUGUGUCCUGGGGAAGUGACCCCUACUGCUGCCCCUGCUCUCUCUCACAGGCCAGACCUGUGAGGUGAGCCCAGUGGCCAGGAGGCAGCAGUCCAGCCUAGUGGCAAGUCUUGCUGUGGAGUGGUGGGGCAGUCCCCGACUCAGUCCAGCCAGAGGGGACCUCAGCUGGCAUCCCAGCCGCUGGCCCCAGGAGAGAGAGAGUGGAGGCCCCUUUGCUUCCCCAUUUGGAUUAGGUGUCAGAGGGCGGAGUGGAGAGACCAGUCUGUUUCUCACACAGACUCAUUCAAACCCAGGGCCGGGCAGCCCUGCCUGGACUCGGGGAGUCUCCCUGAGCUGUAAUCGGGCCUGGCCAUUGUCCGGUCUCUGCUUCCGCUAGACAAGUGUGUGCUUGAUCGUGCGCUCGGUCAGGUUCUGCAGGUGAUCAGCAGCCGCUUCCUGUUUAGACACUUUACCAAGUAGGUCCUGGCAGACCAUGACCAUCAGCACCCACAGAGAGGUCUUCCCACGCUGGCCACCCCCGCUCUCAGGCCAGGGCUCCUGGAGGAGGUGCUGUGAGGGGACCUCACCACACACACAAGCAGGAGGGGCACGCUGGAGACCGGGGAGCGUCCCUGCACCAUGUCUAACAGCCUCCUUUCCUAGAGGGGCUACGAAGCCGCCCUCUGCACCGCCAUGCUAGCGAGACCCUUGCCCAUCACUAACCUCACUUCCUUUCCUUCCCACCUCACUCUGAGGGCCUCCUCGCCUCCCUCUGCCAGAGAAAACGUCUAGUAUGUCCAACCUUGGUGCCAGAGUGUGCGGAGAAGCACUGGGCUGCUACCCAGGAGAGCGUGUGGGCUUCCGCUCGGCGAAGGCAGGGGUGGAAGGUUCACCCCUGUGGACGAGUAAUUCUGAUACUUGCUGAGUCCUCUUUAUGUCGUGUGGUGUCAGGACUGGGCGCCAAAGGCUUUUAGAACGCUGCAACUCGCCAGGCGUUUCCGGGAGCCACGGGCAGGAACGAGUGGAAGCAAAGGUCUGUCUCACCACCUGUCAGCAUUUACCCCGUGUAAGCUCAUAAUUCUGGAAUAGUCGUGUUUAUCUUCUGAUUUUUGUAUCCAGCACUUUACGCACUAUGUAAUGCAAGCUUCUUGAUAAAUAAAGCACCACAUCCACA